UUUUAGACAACAUCCACCGGCUUGUUCUGUGUUUGUGUUGUGGCGCAACAGAGCGCCGUGCGUGCGCUCAGCCUGCUCCACAAGAACGGGUCCGGUGGAGGCUGCUCAUCCGGCAGCAGGUGGUGUGACAUGUGGAGCGGGUGAAGUCACCGGCUUGAUUGUCACUGAGCAGUCAGUGGAGGUGCUCCGGACAGUGGAGGUGAGAGAAAGUGGCAGUCAGGGAGGCGGGAUGCUCGGCCAAUCUCCUCACCUCAUCGGAGGCAUCUUGUGGAUCCAGAAUCCGAUGAGAGCUGUUCACUGCAACCUGAGCCAGAAUGGGAUCGACCACCAGAUGUGUCCGGAGGACGUGACGUCACAGCUGGAGGAAGAGGAGGAGUCGGUGGACGCCGGGGCCGUGCUGCUGGACGACGACAGCCCGAGCUACCAGGACGUGAGCCCCCCCAUGUACCAGCGUCGCUCGCCGCCACACCGCUCCGUCUCCGAGUCUGAGCUGACGCGGCCAGGAUAUGUGAAGCUGUCCAAGCCGGUGGCCCUGUGGACCCAGCAGGACGUGUGCAAAUGGCUGAAGAAGCACUGUCCCAAUCAGCACCAGAUCUACAGCGACUCCUUCAAGCAGCACGACAUCACAGGGCGGGCUCUGAUGAGAUUGACAGACAGAAAGCUGGAGAGAAUGGGCAUCAUGCAGGAAGGCCAGAGGCAGCACAUCCUGCAGCAGGUCCUGCAGCUUCGCGUCCGGGAGGAAGUCAGGACCCUUCAACUUCUCACACAAGCCUCUCUGGAGUGCACUCCGUCUUCACCAUAGCCCGACGGAGCAGGACAGCCACAAAAGGACACACCGCCUUGCCAACAUCCGCCCAACAUGUGACCCCCAGACUUCUCCGUGGAACCGUCGUGGCUCUCCGUCUCACACCUCCGGUCUCCGUCCUCGCCUUCAGACAGAUCUGAACAACAAACAAACAAAAAAAAAAAGCUCCUGCCUUCUUCCCAGCCACUCCUGAGAAGCUCCCACGAGUUCUGACUUGCCGCUUCCUCGCUGUCCAAACAAUUCCUCACAGCUUCCUGGAAUCUGACCAAUAGUUUCCAUUACAGGCGUCCCAUCUCAUCGUCAUUUCUGACCUUUGCAGCCAAACCUCCACCAGACCUCUCACGCUACGACUCCUACACUCCUUCAUUCCCUCUCCCUCCAGAACCACGAAGACGACCAAGCCCUCCUGACCAUCGUCCACCCAGAAUUCAACAGUUGCUUGGCUGGGUUUCCUCAAAGCAUUUAAACCAGAUAUUCUCUGCACCAUUGCCUUGUGAUUGGAUCGUGUGUGUGUGUGCUGAUUUGCUUUUGGGGAACUCAUCUGCCCUUACAGUAAAGAGUGACACCUAUAAUCCACUUCUUCAUUCAGACGCGGUCUCUUGGUCUGUUUGUGUGCAUGUUAGCUCCUUCAUCGUAGCACUUUAACGUGUAUUUUCUCCCAUGAGUACUCUUGUGGCAGCAUAAUGACCGUCCACAAUAGCACUAUUAUACACCUCCUCCCUUAUCUCCUCACAGACUAAUCCCACAACAGGGGUGAGACAUUUUACACAACCAUGUGUGUGUUUUUGUGCUCUUCCUCUCUCUCAUUCUGUGCGUAGAUCCUGUAAACGGUGUUCGACAACGCCCGCCGAAGCCUCCUCACUUUCCGCCCUCUCCGUGUUGUGGAUCACCCUCUAAGGGUAGACAGUCCGCCUGAGAGAACUUCACUGUGAAAGCAGCCAGCAGUCAGUCUGGGAAUAAACACUGAACCUGGCAUCACAUUAGGCACGGUUAAGCUGGCUCCCACGAAAUGAAUGACAUCGUUGUGAGAAAGCAAUCUGAGGGAGAUGAAGCAGAACCCGAGGAAAAAAAAAAAAAAAAAGAAGGG